AUGGAGAGCUCAUCUAUACAUACUGAUCAGAACCGCAUAGUGGAAGCGUUGAAUGCCGCCGCCGUUGAAGUUGAUAAGUUCGUCAGCAGCGCCAAGUCUCCGACACUACUCCACAAAGAGGAGAGCGAAAAGCAAUUCCAGUCCGUUCUCGACAAUAUCAAAGCUUUUCAACAGCUGCCCGGCGGAGGCAACCACGCAGAACUCGAGAAAGUCAUCGACAUCGGCGUACAGUGGAAGGACUAUAAUAAACAACGCGGCAAAGAUGCGUUGGCGAGAGAGGACGACCAGUAUCUAAACGGUUUGAUCCACAGAUCUUUACAAUCUAUAGAAAGGGUUUCUGCAUUCUUGAAAUCGCUGAUUCGCCCUGUCACUGAACCUGAAACAUGCCAGCAACACCUAGCCACACCACAAGGCUCAGCCGAAAACGAGCAGCGACCUGCCACCGAAACAGAAAGCCGAAGCGAAGUACAUCACGAUUCAGAGCGUUUAGAUAACGAAUCCGGGCCAUGUGCUCCUACUCCUGGGCCAAGCCAAUCACCUGUGUCGAAUAAACGGAGAUUUGUCACCGCGAUAGAUGAACCCCCAACACCGAUCACGGGCCCUACCAUCGACUUCCAAGAGGUGUAUCAGGGUGGCAACAGCCUCAUAAGAUAUACAAUAGUUGAUUUCGCGCACACUCUUUCAGCCAACCCAACUGUCAGUGGCCAGUGGUGGAUAUUGCGAUGUGUCAAAUGCGGCUGGCACGGAGUGAACCAGAAAACCCGGACCCUAUACGACGGCUCGCUUCAUGCCGCGAGGUGUUUUCCCCAGUCCAAAAUAACUGACAACGCCUCGGUAAUCGAUGCGCUUGGAGUUCUCGUCCUGAACUGCGAUCGGGGCCUCUUCUCGAGAAACAAUGAUGAUGUCAAGCAAGCGCUUAUCGACAGGUCCUAUGAGCCAGCCUAUCGAAAUAGGAACAAAAGGACGAAGUUCGUGAACGUACCGGUACCACAAAGAAAAUCAAAUGAGCCCCCGAUAGUCACUGACCCGAAAGUCGGGAUGCUUUAUCUGGCUCAUCAGCGGGGUGGUCUCGUAUUUGGGGCUAUCGUCCUUCCAUUGGGGGAUUUUCGUUCUCGCGUGGGUAUUCGAGGUAGCAUAUACGACCCAGAAGCGUUCAGAGCUCUACCGGAUUGUUACCGCUUCCAUGAGGGCCAGAGGAAGUUCUUCUGGGCAGAGGGAUACGAAGAUGGCGGUGGGAAUGUCACGAUGCGACAAUUUCCGGUUUACUACCUCGAUGGUCCCAGUGUUGAGAUGGGGCAUGUGCGAUGGGCCUCUGCUGACGACCUUGAGCCCUUCGAUGUUACUAAAGUCGCUGCCGGGUACGAAAAACCUGUUGAGGAAUACACUCGGUUCUGCCAGUGUAACAACGGUAUCAAACCUUUUAGCUGUGUUAACCCCGACCAUGGAGAGAGUUCUGAAGCUGCCAAUGGAGAUCAGGAGAGCAACCGUCCAACUCAACCGACGUCAGAGUCUCCCAUUGUCAUCGAGGACGACGAAGCUUUGAGUAACGGGCCUGAUACCUCGACACCUGAGGAUGAACAGAUUCCUUUCGUCUCUAUUUCUAGCACUCAGGCACCUGUGCAUCCAACAAAUCUGGAGUCACACAACCAAGUUGAUGGCGAAGCCAAUAGCUCAGAUAUUUCAGCUCCGAACACCUCGAAUUCAGAGAGAUUUCCAAGCUCUCAAUUUUACAUACCACCGGAAAUGGAUAUGGACGAAGCAGUCUAUCAACAGGAGCAAACAGUGUCGCAAAAGGGAAAAGCUCCAGAAGCGUUCAUGGACCUUGGAGGCUAUGCUUCAGCUACUGCUUCUCCCGUCGUCAAUCGACCAGCGGCAGCUACGAUGCAAGUGAUUAAGGUCGAAAAUGGUCAAGGAGAAAAUGUUAAUUCUAUGAGCUACAGUAUACCUUCACCUACCAGUAGCGGGCCAACUGUCCAGGGACACGACGUCGACUCGAGACAUUCCCACUAUCAGUUUUCCGCGGAGAGUCCUCAAUUCUCCAUUCCCGAAUCAGCAUUUUCCACUAUUCAUGGUUUAUAG